AUGUCUUCAUCCACCCUUCCAGUCCCAGAGCGCAUCAUACGAGCCGCCACGCAACGCCUGAGCAGGAUCACUCCCCUUCCGAUGCCGCAGGACGAACCGAUCGAGCUCAACGACGACGGGGUUGUCGCCUUCCUGGCUCAAGUACCGCCUCAAGAGGCCUCUACUCCCGUAGCUUCUUGGAGUCGCGAAGAAUGCGCACGUGUCGGAAUGACCUUGGUGGCUGCCGUGAAUCAGUGUACUGGGCCUGCCUUCCGGUCGGGUAUGGAGUUCUUCUUGGACGAACUCGAAGCCGACGCCACCACCGCUGAGGCGACCUUCGACCGCGUUGAUACCUUAGUCGCUGCUGCGCGUCGUGCAAUUCGACUCCAGCGCGACAACGCUGAGAUGGAAGACCUCGAGGGAUGGGCAUGGGCCUUGUUCUUUCAGCUGCAGCCCAAGGACGAAGACUUUUCCCCUCUUCGUGCCCACGUUGGUCGCCUCUUGGAAGCCCAGGGCGUCGAUACCCUUGCUGAUGACCUUGUCCUCUCCCAACCUCGUGCUCCGCCGUCUCCUUCUCCGGCGCCCUCCGCCUCCAUCUUCCGUCUCAAUCUCUCGCUCCUGCCAUCGCUGCCAAGCGACUCCGGCUCUGGCCUUCGCAUCAAGUCGGCUACCCCCGUCGCGACCGAGAAGAAUUCCGCUGGCCGCAACUUCCCCACGUUGUUUGAGCUCCGGCGUCAGUGCGACUACUGUUGGGGAGCGAAGUCCGACGGCGCUUGUGAAGGAGGGUGCCAGCCAUGUGCGCGGUGCGUGAAGGUGAACGUUAAGUGCGCGUUGUACCUGCUUCGUGCCGAUGGUUGGGUCUCGGUACCCAAGCUCGGCCCUGUCACGUUCUUUGACGGGUCAACAUUCUUUAUCCCGCCGAAGUUUCGGGGAUCCCAACGCGCCGUCAUCGAGGGCCUCGUGGACUUCCUGCUCGGCCACUUGACAGCCCAGGACUUCAAGAUUGUUGGUCAAGUAGCGGUUCCAGAAGGCCCAGAGGCCCUUCGGUUCGAUUACCACCGUGACGACGCUCGGGCGAUUGCGUGGCGCUACCUGCAGUCCAUGGCCAGUCGUAUGCACGUUGACGAGGGGGAGUUCCUUGAUACCUCGGAUCUGCGUCGCUUGGACGUCCGAGCCGAGCCCGCACCGACGAUUGUCUACCGUCCGUUCAGGCCCGCCCCUACGAGAUCGCUUCCCAACCGUCGGCCUGCUCCGAAGAAGGUGAAAGCGACGCCCCCAGUUGCUGAAGACGUGGAGAUGCUCAACGAACCCGACAAGCCGAUUAAGCCUAUCCCCCGCCAUCGCAGCACCCGCGCGAUCGCGGUGAAGCGGUUGCCUCCUCGUACCGUCGGUCCGGACGCCAAGCGGAAACGAACAGGCCUCGUUCCCGAGGUCGUUGUGCCUUCUCGCCAGCCCUCCGGCGACUCUCAAAAGUCGGCUGGUACGUUUUCGAUGCAGGCUCUCCACACCGAGUUGGUUCCGCCCUCCUCGAUCUCUGUCAGCGACUCCGACGUUGCGCUCGAUGAUGACCUCUUCAAGGCCUCCUUCGUUUACGCAGCGGCCACGUAUCGCCUGGCCAAUACGCUCUGGUUGGAAGCGGUUGGGAGACUCCAGGAUAUCGCUGUGCAGCCGCAGGAGGAGCGGGACAAGUUGCGUCGGCUGACUGCCCUCUUGCCAGCUGGGCUCACGUCGGUCGACGAGUUGCUUGACCUGUCCCUCAAGGCCGACUUGCGUGGACCUCCCUUCGCAUCCUCGUCCACUGCUGGCCCAUCCACAGCCGGCCCUUCUGUGGCGGGUGGGAAUCGUCCAGUGCGCGUCGUCUUGUCAAGUCCAGAGUCUUCGGACGCGGAGGCGGUCAGCGCGCACUUCUCCGGCGUGGAAGAGGAGGAUGAGGAGGAGGAGGCCGCGAGCAAGGGAAAGGGGAAAGCGACCCGCGUGGGGGCGCGGCGCAUCGCUCGUCGUCCGUAA